GGGUGUGACAGUUUGAAACAUGAAAAACCUUUUUGAUCUAUAAAUAGCCACCAAUGCUCAGUUGCCACAUUCACACAUACGCAAAAACAGAAGCAAAUAGAGCUUUAGUUUUGAGAAAACCCAUGGCAGAAAGAACAAAAGGAAGGCCCUCAAAUGCGCUUAGCGUGAUGGUCAUUGAUGAAGAUGAGUUUCAUGCCAACUCUGCAAAAUCCAUGCUCUUGGAACUGAACUAUUAUGUGGCAGUGUAUACAAGUCCCAUCGAAGCACUCAGUAUUCUUCGAAAGAAAGCACAUGAUAUUGAUUUCAUCAUGGCAGCAGUGCACAUGGAAGAGUUGAAUGGCUUUCAGUUCCUGGAAGCAGCCAAAGAUAUGCAUAGAAACAUUCAAGUGAUCAUGAUGUCAACAGAAACAACAAUGUACACAAUGAAGAGAUCUAUUGAACUUGGUGCUUGUUUUUUGGUGAAGAAGCCUCUUGAUGCUAAUACCAUUCACAGUUUAUGGCAACAUCUCGAUGUAAAAGUUCUAAGGUUGAACAGGAUGAAGCAUCUGUUUCAAGGUGUUGGGGAUAAUGCUCAAGACGGAGAAGAAGUUGGAGAAUCCGUAGCACAACAAAAGGAUGGAACCAAAACGACCACUUAUCUUAAAUGGAAACCUUUCCUAGAGAGCAAGUUUUUAUAUGCUCUUCAAAUACUUGGAGCAAAUGCAUCGCCCAGCAAGAUAAAGAUAAUCAUGAAUGUGGACUCUGUUACAAGGACCCAAAUUUCUGCUCAUCUGCAGAAACAUCGAAAACGCAUGGAAAAGGAACAAAACAUGGCAAUGUUUAUGGAUAGCUACGGGAAUUCUGCCUCAAAUUCUAAAUCCGCGAAGGCUCGUCAUACAAUCCCUAACAUGCCGGGCAAUCAUUCAAACGACAAUGUACAAAGAACAACGAUGCCAAGCUUGUCUGGAGAUCCUCAAGGCCUUGAUAUAUCUGCUGCAGCAAUGCGAAGAGCCUUACGACUUGGGGCUGUUUUUGACGAGUUCCAGUAUUCUAGUGGUCCUUCUAGUGACGAACAAUGUGACGCUAUAGGACACAUAAUGGGAGAAGAUGGCAUCGCUUACGAAGCUAAUGGCUCCAAUUCAUCUACUCAUGGUCAAGUUGUUGCUCAAACAUACAAUUCAAGAGCUGCGCAAGAGAUCACAUUCAGGAACAAUUAUCAUGAUGGCCAAGUGUCCAACACAAGUAAGGUUCCGGUUGCGGGCCUUGUAGACUAUCCAGAUUCCGAGGAUUCUGAUUAAGUGGAGAUACCUUAAUUCAACUAGAUAUUGAGUAUGGACCUAAGGUCACACUGGACUUCAUGGUGAGUUGAAGAUUAACAUGCUGAGCCGGGCCGGUAAUAUUUGGGGCCUAAUAAAAGUGCCAUAAUUUCCUUUGUAAUAUCUACCAAGACAUUCCAUAAAGAUUGAAUCAUAUGAGUGCUAGAAACUAAGA